CUCCUCCGCGCACGACGACCGCCUCCACUCCCCGGUCAUGUCCGGGCUCCCCUUCGACAGCGGCGAGUACUUCGCGUCCGUCGGCGUGGGCACCCCGUCCACCAGCGAGCUGCUGGUCAUCGACACCGGGAGCGACCUCAUCUGGCUCCAGUGCAAACCCUGCCGCCGCUGCCACCGCCAGAUGAGCCCGCUCUACGACCCCAAGGGCUCCAGCACCUACCGCCAGAUCCCCUGCUCGUCGCCGCGGUGCUUCCCUCGCCAUGGCUGCGACACCAGCACCGGGGCCUGCGGGUACGCCAUGGUCUACGGCGACGGCUCCGGCAGCAGGGGCAACCUCGCCACCGACAGGCUCGUCUUCUCCAACGACACGUCCGUGGACAGCGUCGUCAUCGGGUGCGGCCACGACAACGCGGAGCUGUUCGACUCGUCGGCCGGGGUGCUGGGCGUCGGCCGCGGCGCCGGCUCCCUGGCGACGCAGGUGGCGCCGACCUACGGGCGCUACUUCGCCUACUGCCUCGGCGACCGCACGUCCGUCGCGCGGAGCAGCGCCUCGUACCUCGCCUUCGGCCGCACGCCGGAGCCGCCGUCCACGGCCUUCACCCCGCUGCUGUCCAACCCGCGGCGCCCCAACCUGUACUACGUGAACAUGGCCGGCUUCAGCGUCGGCGGCGAGCGUGUCGCCGGCGGGUUCUGCAGCUCCAGCCUCUGGCUCGACCCGGCGACCGGGCGGGGCGGCGUGGUGGUGGACUCGGGCACGUCCAUAUCGCGGCUCCCCAGGGAUGUGUACGCGGCGCUGCGCGACGCCUUCGACGCGCGCGCGGCCGCGGCCGGGAUGCGGAGGCUGGCGCGGGGCAUCUCGGUGUUCGACGCGUGCUACGAGCUCCGAGGCGCCAGCGUGCCGGCGGUGGUGCUGCACUUCGCUGGCGGCGCGGACGUAGCGCUGCCCCCGGAGAACUACUUCAUACCCGAGCAGGGCGGGAAGUACCACUGCCUGGCGCUGGAGGCGACGGACGACGGGCUCACCGUGCUCGGCAACGUCCUGCAGCAGGGAUUCCGGGUCGUGUUCGAUGUCGAGAAAGAACGUGUCGGGUUCGCGCCAAAUGGCUGCUAAGCUUGAUCAACAUUUAUUUACACGGUUGUUUAACCUGAAGCAUGU